AUGGAGAUCGAGAAAUUCAAUGGUGUGAGUUUUGAGUUGUGCAAACUCAAGAUGGAAGACUUACUAGUUGAUAGAGAUCUCUGGGUUGCUAUGACUGCAACUUCUAAGCCUUCAGGCAUGAAGCAAGAAGACUGGGAUCUUGCAGAUAAAAAAGCUAGAGGAUGCCCAAAGUCUUGUGUCCGUCGAGCAACGAUUGCAGUAUUACAGCCGAAACAAGAUGGUAAACUUUAUGACUUCUUUCUUUAUUUCUCAAAGAAUGAUAUACAUGGAGGCUUAGAUUUUGUACUAAUGCAGAAGAUCAAUUUGCAGGGGGAACUCACAAAGAAUUCAGAAGAGUCCAAACACAAUUCCAAGUUUAAUGAGCUGGAAGGAUUUGUGGACUGGAAGGGAAGGCCUGCACGCAAGUCUAGCCAUGGUGGAAAGCGCGCCGUCUAUUUUGUUUAUGCAAUGACAAUACUGGAUAACUUGGCUUUUGUGGGGUCGAUCAUUAAUCUUGUUACGUAUUUCAUGAUGACUAUGAAUAUGGAACUUGCCGAAGCAGCCAACACGCUGACCAAUUUCGUAGGUACCACUUUCCUGUUGUCACUGGUGGGAGGAUUUAUUUCUGACUGUUGGCUUACCAGAUUCAAAACUGCCAUUUUCUCAAUUCUUAUACAAAUAGCCGGAUAUCUUGUAUUGUUAAUACAGGCGCACGAUAAAUCUUUAUGGCCUCCACAAUGCGACCGACGAGAUCUGACUGCGGUCUGUGUGAAAGUAAGUGGCGGUAAAAGUGCAAUGUUAUUUGUUGGGCUGUAUCUGGUAGCUAUUGGAAAUGGAGGCAGCAGGGCUAGUUUGGCACCUUUUGGAGCAGACCAGUUCGAUGAGAGAGAUCCCGAUGAGAGAGGAAAUGUAUCCCACUAUUUCAACAUGCUGUUUUUCUGCGUCACCGUGGGCUCAACUCUUGGAGUGACUGUGUUAGUUUGGAUUCAAAACUAUAAAGGAUGGGAUAAAGGUUUUGGAAUUUCAGCUGGAGUUGUUUUCUUUGGAAUGAUAUGCAUUUUGCUCGGAUGUACUUCUUACCGUAACAGAAUUCCACAAACCAGUCCCCUAACUCGAAUUCUACAGGUAUUCGUCGUUGCAUUCAAGAAUCGAAAGCUUCAAGUGCCCGAGAAUCCCGAAGAUCUCUACGAGCGGGAUGACAAGGAAGCAAUUUUGGUUACCGAUAGGCUUCUGCAUACAGAUCAAUUCAAAUUCCUCGACAAAGCGGCUGUAGAAACAGAGAAUGGCAAGGGAAAAAGUUCCUGGUAUUUGUGCAGUGUGACCCAAGUAGAAGAAGCCAAAAUUAUAGUGCGAAUGAUGCCCAUAUUUGCAAGCACAGUAUUGAUGAGCACAUGCUUAGCACAACUGCAGACAUUUACUGUUAAUCAAGGUGUGACCAUGGAUAGAAGCAUGGGAAAGAAUUUCGAAAUUCCAGCACCAUCUCUGGCUGUAAUUCCUUUACUAUUUCUAAAUUUCAUGACUCCAAUCUAUGACAGAUUUGUUGUUCCCCUUGCACGAAGAUUCAGUGGACAUGAAUCUGGAAUUACACACUUGCAAAGAAUUGGAAUUGGAUUAGUAUUGUCUGCCAUAUCCAUGGCCAUCGCUGCUCUUGUGGAGGUGAAGAGAAAAAAUGUGGCAAUAGAGAAAGGAAUGGAGGAUUUUAUACCAAUUCUGAUGCCACCUAUUCCAAUGAGUGUCUUCUGGUUGGGAUUUCAGUACUUCGUUUUUGGAAUUUCAGACCUCUUCACCUAUGUGGGUAUGUUGCAAUUCUUCUACAGUGAAGCUCCUGCGACUAUGAGGUCCUUUGCCACUUCUUUUACAUUUGCUUCCUUGUCCAUGGGUUACUUUCUCAGCAGUGUCUUCGUUUCUAUUAUUAACUCUGCUACUCGCAACAUCACCGGGAGCCAUGGCUGGCUUCAUGGUCAUAACAUCAACCGCAAUCACCUUGAUCUAUUUUACUGGUUUCUUGCUAUUCUUAGCAUACUCAACUUUUUCAAUUACCUUUUCUGGUCAAGCUGGUACAAGCACAAGCCAGUAGAUCUAUAUGAGCCUUCUAUUAAACAGUCCAAGGAGGAAAUAUAA